AUGUCUGAUAUUGCGGAAAACAUGUCUAAUUUGUCUGUUCAGGACAAUGAUUCUGGUGCAACUUCAGGUGACAGCAGACGUUCUUAUGUUCCUCCUCAUGUGAGAGGCCAACAAAGAAGUGGUAGCGGUAACUAUCGUGGUCGUUCUGAUAACUUCGGUGGUAACGAGAGAUCCUUCUUUGGUAACGAAAGAAGAGGCGGUGGAUACAGCAGAGGCGGUAGAGGUUCCGUCAACUGGGGUGGUUCCAACUGGGGUGGCAGAAACGACAGUAGAGGUUCUGGCGGUUACGGUGGUGGUAACUCAUCUGGUAGAUGGAUCGACGGUAAGCACGUCCCAGCUGCCAAGAACGCUAACUUGGAAUUAGAGUUGUUCGGUGUUGCUGAGGACAAGAGUUUCCAAUCCUCUGGUAUCAACUUCGAUAACUACGACGAUAUUCCAGUCGAAGCCUCUGGUAAUGAUGUUCCAGAACCAAUCAGUGAAUUCCACUCUCCUCCAUUGGAUCCUUUGUUAUUGGACAAUAUUAAGUUGGCCAGAUUCACCAAGCCAACUCCAGUUCAAAAAUACUCUGUUCCAAUCGUCGCUGCUGGUAGAGAUUUAAUGGCUUGUGCUCAAACUGGUUCCGGUAAGACUGGUGGUUUCUUGUUCCCAGUUCUGUCUGAAUCAUUCUCCAGUGGUCCAGCCUCAACCCCAGAAGCUGCCGGUAACUCUUACAUCAAGAAGGUUUACCCAACCGCCGUGAUCUUGGCCCCAACCAGAGAAUUGGCUACUCAAAUUUACGAUGAAGCUAAAAAGUUCACUUACAGAUCGUGGGUUAAACCUAUGGUCGUUUACGGUGGUGCCAGUAUCGACAACCAAAUUAAACAAAUGAGAUACGGUUGCAACUUGUUGGUUGCCACUCCAGGUCGUUUGACUGAUUUAUUGGAACGUCGUUACAUCUCUCUUGCCAACGUUAAGUACUUGGUUUUGGAUGAAGCUGAUAGAAUGUUGGAUAUGGGUUUCGAACCUCAAAUCAGGAGAAUUGUGGAAGGUUCUGACAUGCCAUCUGUUGAUAACAGACAAACAUUAAUGUUUUCCGCCACUUUCCCAAGUGAAAUCCAACAUUUGGCUUCCGAUUUCUUGAAGGACUACGUUUUCUUGUCCGUUGGUAGAGUUGGUUCUACAUCCGAAAAUAUUACCCAAAAGAUUCUUUACGUUGAAGACUUCGACAAGAACGAUACUUUGUUGGACUUGUUGGCCGCUAGUAAUGAAGGUUUGACCUUGAUUUUCGUUGAAACUAAGAGAGCCGCAGAUUCCUUGACUGACUUCUUGAUCAUGGAAGGUUUCAAGGCUACUGCUAUCCAUGGUGACCGUACACAAGGUGAACGUGAACGUGCGUUGUCUGCUUUCAAGACCGGUAGAGCUACUAUCUUGGUUGCUACCGCUGUCGCUGCUAGAGGUUUGGAUAUUCCAAACGUUACUCAUGUUAUCAACUUUGACUUGCCAAAUGAUAUCGAUGAUUACGUCCACAGAAUUGGUAGAACUGGUCGUGCCGGUAACACCGGUGUUGCUACUACCUUCUUUAACCGUGGUAACAAGAAUGUCGCUAAGGAAUUGGUUAGUUUGUUGAGUGAAGCUAAUCAAGAGGUUCCAUCCUUCUUGACCACCAUCAUGAGAGAAGCUUCUAGCGGCAGAGGCGGUGCCAGAGGUGGCCGUGGUGGUUACAACCGUGGCAACAGCACCAGAGAUUUCCGUCGCGGUGGCGCCCCCUCUGGUGGCUUCAGCAGCGGUGGCGGUUCCAGCGGCGGCUGGGGUAACGGUGGCGGCUCCAGCGGUGGCUGGGGUAACUCUUCCGGUAACUGGGGUAACUCUUCUAACUCCUCAAACUCUAACUCUGGUUGGUGGUAA